ACAGGCGUCAAAUACUUCGUCAUCAAAUCCUGGAACCUAGCCAAUGUCCAUGCCGCUCAGCGGUCUUCGGUCUGGUCCACUCAGACGAAGAACGAAACACUUCUAACCCAAGCCUUCCGCACCUCCCGCCAGGUAAUCCUCUUCUUCUCCGUCAACAAAUCGAUGGCGUUCCAGGGCUACGCACUGAUGACCUCAGCACCGGACUCAUCGAUCGCUAAACCGGACUUCUGCAAGAAACUAAACUGGGACACGAGUGCCGCAUUCACCAUUCGAUGGUUGAGUACGACAUCUGUGCCGUUCCGAUUGGUGGGACAUUUGAAGAAUCGAUUGAACCUGGACGAGCAGGGUGUCGCUAGGCCGGUACUAAUUGGAAAAGAUGGGCAGGAAGUAUGUGAGGAGGCAGGGAAGGGCGUCGUGCGCGUGAUGGAG